GGCAAAUAGAGAAGUAGAGUCAGGAGUCAGCCAGUCAUCUCCACAGACCUUGAGAGCAAUGCUCAAUCCACUGACAGCAAAUCCAAACCCAGACAAUCAGGAAAAGGGAGGAUUUUCACAUCGCUGCCUGUUCUGGGGCCUCAGAAGUAGUCGUCCUCUUAGGUAUGCCUGUACCACAGACAACUCAAACGACUAAGUUUUGGCAUUGCUUCUAAACUGUAAAGGAUUGAAAUGGACACUGAAAAAUCCAUCUCUAUGGCCAUCUUUCUCACUCUGGAUCAAAGGGUUGGUUUAAAAGGUUUAUUUCUUUUCUAAAGGGUUUAAGGGUGUGUGAAUUUGAACCUGAGAAUUUACUGUUGUCAUAAGGAUUUUGAGCUUCUCAGGUAAGCAGCGAUGGUGCCAAUUGCUGUCAUGUCUUGGUGGGUGUGGAUGUUGCUGGGCACAGUUGGGGUACAGUCGCAAGCUGUGGCCCAAGCUCAAUCUCCUGAUCAGGGGCAAGACUCCUCCUCACAACCCUGGAGGCAGAUGAUUCAAUGGGAGAAUAAUGGACGUGUGUUCAGCCUGCUAAACAGUGGGGCUGAAUACAUCCCUGCACGGGGACAGGAGCAGGACAGAAGCCACAGACUGAUUUUAGCCGACAGCCCGAACCGCAGGUCCAGACCUCAGGGAGGAAACGUACGCCGGCAGGCGCCAUCCAGAGCUGGCUCGGAAACUGUUCGGGGCCAAGCCCGACAUCCCUUUGGAUUUGGCCAGGUGCCAGAAAAUUGGCGCCAGGGUACGGUCGGGACAGGUGAAUCGGGUCGGUUUCAGUCAUCCUCCUCAUCCAGCACUCGUUACAGAACUUCCCCUGGUUCUUCAUCCUCAUCCUCGUCAUCUUCAUCUUCCUCAUCUUCCCUUAAUGCACCAUCCUACCCACAAUACCCAUUCCAGCAGCAGACUUCCUACCCUGUGCCAUUUGACCCUUUUGAACCACCUUUCCGAGGAACAGGCUACUCAGCAGGGACUGGUGGUGGAGGCUACGGAGGAGGAGGGUAUACUGGUGGUGGUUAUUCUGCUGGAAGCAGUUAUUCUGUCGGGGGUGGUGGAUUCAAUGGUGGAGGGUUAGCUCCUCUUCCCCCAAGGUCUGACUUUCCCGAUGACAGCUACCGCUUCUAUCCACCUUACGGUCAGCCAUAUCCAGCAGCUCCUGUCCAAUCUGCACAACCCCCUUUCUCAGAUGGUCUGGAUCGCCGAUAUACACACAGCUUGUACAACGAGGAGAGGGCAGGCUUCCCUGAUAUGCUCUCCAGUGGAGCUACAGUACGUAUGGGAUCAGUGGGCCAGCCUGCCCUGCAGAGCCCACAGUAUGAGCAGUUUCCACCCUUCGGAAGGCCCCAACCUCGGCCCCCAUUCGCUCAGCAACCUGCACGAAACCCGCUCACCUCCAACACCGCCGAGAGCACCGCCAAUGUAGGGAGCGUCUACCGGCCUCAUCAAAGAGGUCUGCCAGACCUUGUUCCCGAUCCUAACUAUGUCCAGGCCUCCACAUAUGUCCAGCGUUCCCACAUGUAUUCCCUACGCUGUGCUGCUGAGGAAAAAUGUCUUGCCAGUACAGCCUACAGUUCUGACACCACUGACUAUGAUGUCCGAGUGCUGCUGCGGUUUCCUCAGAGAGUUAAGAACCAGGGGACGGCUGACUUCAUGCCCAACAGACCCCGUCAUACAUGGGAGUGGCACAGCUGUCACCAACACUACCACAGCAUGGAUGAGUUCAGUCACUAUGAUCUACUAGAACUGAGCACAGGACGGAAGGUGGCGGAGGGACACAAGGCCAGCUUCUGUCUGGAGGACACCACUUGUGAUUUCGGCCAUCUCAAACGCUACGCCUGCACAGCUCACACACAGGGUCUUAGUCCAGGUUGCUAUGAUACAUACAAUGCAGACAUUGACUGCCAGUGGAUCGAUAUCACAGAUGUCAAACCAGGAAACUACAUUCUGAAGCUCCAGGUUAAUCCCAAAUACUUGGUCCUUGAGUCUGACUUCACCAACAACGUUGUCAGGUGUAACAUUCACUACACAGGGCGCUUUGUCACAACAACCAACUGCAAGAUCUUCCAGUCCUGAGAUCCUCUGGGGCAGGCCGACUCGGCCAAGCGUGAGUGUGAGCUGAGCAUGACCCACUCACACUUACAUAGUGUGGUCCCAAAUGAUUUUCCCUUGACAUUGUGUCAAACACACAUACACGCACCCACACACAACAUGUAGUUAUACAGAUACAUGAAUUUUAUCUUAGGGGAUACAAACACACACAGAUAUGCACACACACACACACACACACACACACACACACACACACACACACAAACACACACACACACACACACACACACACACACACACACACACACACACAGACACAGGACCAAAAAGGUAUGAUCAUCUCAAAGACAUAAGACAGCUUUUAGUCAGUCUGAAACACUGGCUUAUUUUACCUUUCUUAUUUCAAAAUGGCUAUAUUUCGUUUAAAAAAGAAAAGAGAAAAAUAUUAAAUAUAGAAUGGUGCUGAAAUGUAAAUGACUGAGCCCAGAAAUGGUCCUGUCAAACUGUAAAUCACCACUUCACAUCAGGAAAAGUCCCCUAAGCAUUCAUUAGUACUUUCUGGAGAAGAAGACAAAGAGACCCCACAACAGGAAACAAUCAUUCCAUUGUAACUAAGGUAAAACAAUAAUAUGGUUCAAAGGGAUAUUUCAGAACUGUAGCUGUAUAAAUCAUCUACUUUAACCCCUAUGUUCAGAAAAAUCUGUUUAGCUUGACCAAGGGAACAAUUCAAUAUAUUGAAGGUCUGCACAUGUCAUAGGGAAGUAGAUGGGGUGAAUGAAGGGAUUCUCUCUGUGUACUGAUCCCUGCCACUUUGCUCAAAGGUGUAUGAUCGCUCAACACUUCUACUGUGGCCAUGUUGAUAGUUUUGUUGAUUAUCAACAUUACAGGUAAUGUAGAGACCUAAUUUUGCAAGUGAAAAGACUCUAACAGAAAUGAUAUCAAUUGCAUUUGGCAAUUGGCAGCUUUCAUUUUUUAUUACUUCAGUGAUAACUGUGGAUUAAAAGCCCAACUUAGGUCUUGAGUUCUUUUUUGUAUGUACCUUUCAAGCUAAACUUGUACCAUGUGAAAAGUAAUGUCCAAUUUUGAAAUAUAUAUAUUGUUUUCUAAAGCCACCAACACUGGUCAGAAGCCACACAGAGGUCAUCAUUAACGUUAUGUGACUGUUGGCCCACUAAUGUAUGAUUUACUAAUGUAUGACUUAAUGCAGAAAAAAAAGGAAUUCAUUUUAACUGCAUUAGUUUUCUUUGUUCUUUUAUUUCAAAUGUCUCAAGUACUGUUAGGAAUUAUUGCUGUAUUUUUUUUUUUCACAUUCCAGGCAUUUAUGUUUCUCUGUUCUCCAUAUCUGAUUCUACCUUCAUUUGUUCAAUAGCUGUGCAGCAGCGGAAUGUAACUAUGACGAUACUACUGUUGCAAAACUAAAGCCGAAAGCUUGAUGUCACUGACAAGCUCAAUGCCAUAUCAACCUACCUCUAAGAGAGUUAGCUGUUGUUUCCUAUGCGCAAAGGGCUCUUCCCAUUACUGCUACACUCAAAGGAAUCCACAUAAUCCUAGAAACACAUUUUAGUGACUUUUAGUGAUCACUCUUUAAGACAUCACUCUUUAAUGUAAAUCAAUUUUCAGUGGGAUAAUUUCAUGCUUACAUGAAAUGUACCUGGUAUUUCCUAAUAAGCAUUUGGCAAGUUUUGGAAAUUUAGACAUGAUUUAUCAAAGCCUCAAGAAUAUGGUAAAUCGUUUAAACAAAGUCAUACGAUUUCCCUUUUUCAUUUAAAUUGUGAAUGAUCUUUAAAGACAGAAGAAAAUAUAAAGCUAUACACAUUCUAAAAAUGCUAACUCUCUCUCUCUAUGCUUUAAAAAGCCUUUACUAUGUGGGUACUGGCUUGAUUUGUAAAUUCUGAAAAGCAGAAUGCACCAACACAUCAUGGCCUGUUUGCCACCUCAGCCCAUGUAAUGAAUUUUCCCCAGUAGUACCAAAUGAGGGUGGGGUGGGGGAGUAACCAGAAGCAGUGCUGACCUUGUUUAUUCAUUUUCUCCAUAUAUAUUGAUGACUUGUAUUGCAUUCUUCAAUGCAUAUGCCAACUUUCUUUGUUCUCCAGUUACUCAUCUUGGAUGCGCUCCAAGAAGGAUGCGCACUAGACUCCUGUAGAGUCUCAUCUUAGAAGCUUAGCAUGGGAAGGCAAAGCAGCAUUUUGCACCCAUCCCAGAUCAUACGUGACCCUUUGAGUGACAGUUUGUGCCAGAUGUUUUCUUUUCUUCUGUUAGACUGUAUACUGGAUCAAAUAAAGCCAAAAAUGUAUGACCA